GCGCCCCUGUUCUCACGUCGGGCUCUCCUCACCUGAAUCCUAUGCGACCCACCACCGGAAGUACGAUGCCGCGGCCUCGUUGGUUUAUCACCCGUCUACCGUGAUCCGAACAUCAAUGGCGGCGAGGGUUCCCUCCGACGACGAACUAGACUCCGGCGACGAGGUGGAGAACCGUACCCUCGUCUCUAAGAACGACACCAAGUCUCCUCGCCUCAGCUCCGCUCUGGAGAUCGGCCAAUUCCCUGAUCGGAUAGGCGGCCGCCGCUUGUUUCCCAGGCGCUGCUUCUGCUUCUUUGUCUUCCUCAUCGCCGUUUUCCUCUCUGUGCUCCUCGCUCUCCUUUUGUUCCGUGGUGGCUAUACUGCUCAUUCCGACUCCCAGAUCGACCGAAUGCGUGAGUCCGAGCUCGGUGCCCUAUAUCUCCUCAAGAGCCAGCAAGCAGCCCUCCUCAAGAUCUGGAAUUCCACUCGGGCUGUGGCAGCCGACGUUGCUUCCCCCGUUCCAUCCGCAGUGAAUUCCACUUCCGCGACGACUAAUCUGCCAAAGCUCGAGUCUUUCGUUGAGUUUCAGUCGGCCUUACUCGAGCAGAUUAAGAUUAACAAGGAGAUCCAGAAUGCUCUCUUGUCUUCUCACGAAAUCGGGAACAGGACGUCGGGCACUUCGGAUGAUAAUUUGGACCUGGGGGUAUCUGGUGCUGGAGUCGAUGUAUGCAAGAAAGUGGAUCCACUGGCAAGUAGGAGGACGAUCGAGUGGAAGCCGAAGAAAGAUCGGUACUUGUUUGCUAUAUGCUUAUCGGGCCAGAUGUCCAACCAUCUGAUCUGCUUGGAGAAACAUAUGUUCUUCGCGGCACUUCUUGACCGUGUUCUGAUCCUUCCAAGCCCAAAAUUUGAUUACCAGUAUGAUAAGGUGUUGGAUAUCGAUCAUAUAAAUGAAUGCUUUGGUAGGAAGGUAUCGAUCACAUUUGAUGAGUUUUCUGCAGCAAAGAAAAACAAGAUGAAGAUCGACAGGUUUAUUUGCUACAUUGCAUCACCACCUUGUUACCUAGAUGAGGAGCAUAUUAAUAGGUUGAAAAACCUGGGGCUUUCUUUGGGUAAGAUUGAACCUGCUUGGCCGGAGGAUGCCAAAUUGACGAAGCAAAAGAAGAGGGUCGUUGGUGAUAUCAUGCCCAAAUUCUCAUCAGAUGGCGAGGUUAUUGCCAUUGGAGACAUGUUCUAUGCAGAUGUGGAGGAUGAAUGGGUGGCACAACCAGGUGGUCCGCUUGCUCAUAAAUGCAAGACAGUGAUUCAACCAAGUCGUCUCAUUCACAUCACGGCGCAGCGGUUUGUGCAGACCUUCUUGGGCAGUAACUACAUAGCUCUGCAUUUCCGGCGGCAUGGAUUUUUGAAGUUCUGCAAUCUGAAAGACAAGAGCUGCUUUUUUCCCAUUCCUCAGGCAGCAGAGUGUGUGAUUCGGGUUGUUGAGAAAGCCAAUGCGCCAGGCAUUUACCUAUCAACAGAUGCAGCUAGCAGUGAAACAAAUCUCCUUCAAUCUCUAGUUUUCUUAAAUGGCAAACCUGUUCCUCUGGUCAAGAGGCCAGAGCACAAUAGUACCGAAAAGUGGGAUGCAUUACUGUACAGAAAUAACUUAGGUGGAGACAGUCAGGUUGAGGCAAUGCUGGAUAAGACCAUUUGUGCUUUGUCAUCCGUCUUCAUAGGCUCAUCAGAUUCAACAUUCACGGAGGAUAUUAUAAGGCUAAGAAGGGGCUGGUCAUCUGCUUCUCAGUGCGACGAGUACCUCUGUGAAGGUGAGAUGCCCAACUACAUAGCUGAAAAUGAAUGAUGGCGGAACAGGUCUAGGUUGUGGCACGAUUCCUCCUGAUAUUGAAGCUCUCAUUCCAGUUCAUGGUGAACAUUUUAUACAUCAUUAUAGAAGUAUGCAAUACCUUUCAAUUCUCUUCACAAACUACACAGAACUUGACUAGUUUUACAAUGCCAAUUUGUUUAAAGCGCUCCGAGAGUUAAAUACUGUAUCUGAGAAUUGUCUUCCAAUUGUUCCAUACAUAGAUAGUAUGUGUUUGGAUGGUGUGACUUGUGAGUGAGAAACAUCGAGUAUUUUUACAAAGAAGUUUGGUUGAAGAGUGAUCAUA